GUCGUAAGAAUUCCAAGUUUUCGGUGAAAAUACGUUAAGAAUUUCGUGUUUUGUAACCAAAUACGAAUUUCGUUCCGUUCGCUAGUGUUUUGUUCAUUGGGUAGUACAAAGCUUCGGUUUUAAAAUCCUAACAAUCCGGAGUAAAACCGUUCGGGAAAAUAUUGACACAAAGAAAGUGCGUCGACUAUUUUGCUCGGUUUGUUUUCGGGUCAGGGACACCGAUUGCCAGAGAGUAUUUUCUUCGCAAAACAUCUGGAGCGGAACGACGAUACGACGACGAAGUACCGAGCCUUGAACCGUUUGAGGGCGAGUUCCCCUAAACUGGUGCGCAGCUCGCUAGCCCGCCGUUAGUGAUGACUGUAGUCUACCCGAGAAAAAUGCUGUCGCGUUUCCAUCCCUACCAUGGCCAAAACAUUAUCCUGUUCGAUGAGAACACGGUUGCCUAUCGGAAGGCCAGCUUCGGCAAUGCUCUGACGUUCAGCGAAAAACCACUGCAGCCGGGAGAGAUUUUCCUGCUGGAAAUAGAGAAAAACGAACGCGGCUGGAGCGGACACAUGAGACUUGGUCUCACUCAGUUGGACAUAAAACCGGCUUCCACUCUUCAGUAUGCGCUUCCAGACUUGGCCAAUCUCGGCUCUAGUUGGGUGUUCCCCAUCACCCGAACGGUGGGAAAUGCUGCUCCGAAAAGCAGUAUUCUAGGGGACGGAAUUAAUGUUAAAACUUCCCGAGGGGCGUUCCCGCGUAGCUUGCUGCGGCCCAUCUCGCAGGACGGGGCCAGCGCGGAUAUUCUUCCGACGGAUACGCAUUCACGGAUUGGGAUAAUUUUUGUACCGACGCCGAACGAGGCGGAUAAAGCUGAGAUGCACUUCAUUAUCAACGGAGAGGAUCAGGGCCCGUGCACGCAGGACAUUCCGUACACUAAGGGAGCACUGCACGUAGUGAUUGACGUCUAUGGCACAACCAAACAGGUGAAAAUCAUUCAGCUGUAUGGGAUUUCCACACUUCAGAGCGCCUGUCGGGAUGCGAUCCUGUCGAGGGUAUCGAAAACGUCUAUCCGGCAGCUUCCGCUACCGGAAAGCUUGAAGGAAUACCUGCUGCAGUAUGGACCGUGAGCAGGUAAGGUAGGAUCGGUUUACGUUUUGCUGCUUUCAAUGAUUGAUUUGAUGAGUCGAGACUGGGAUAUUAUUUCCUCUUUAGUAAUGUUACGGUAUUGUGCGGGAGGGGUCCGAUUUGAGCGGGACAAGGGUUCGAAUCGAGCAACUUCCUUCGGCUGGCAGCGGGUAUCGGUACCCAUUUGGGCCAAAUCUCUGUGUAUAAUCGGAAACAUAUUAUUUUGAUUUAACUUUGUGAUAUAUCUUGAAUCAGCAGAGGGAUGGCUUUCAUUUCCUUUGUUCCUAAUUGACAAACAAGUUUAGUAGGAUGGAGAACUUUUUCCCAAAUGAUAUGUAAGGAUACUCUACUGGUAGGAGUGUAAGAGAUAAUAUAUGUAAAAUGAAAUAGCA